AUGGAGUCAGCCGGCGCGAGGUGGCGUGAGGACAAAGCCUUCGCCCUCCGCGCCGUGGCCGCCAAUGGGCAGGCCAUCCACCACCUUUCACCCAAGCUGGCGGAAGACCGCGAGGUAGUGUUGGCGGCCGUCUCGCAAAAUGGCAGGGCCUUGGAUGCCAUGUCGGAGGAGCUGCGCGAUGAUGAGGAGGUGGUCUUAGCAGCGAUUCGGCAAACUGGGGAUGCCUUCCGCGCGGCCUCCGAUCGGUUGCAGGGCGACAAAGACUUCGUUCUGCUAGCCGUGCGGUGUGGUCAUGCUGACGCCGUGGUGGAUUUCCUUUCCCCGGAGCAGCUGGAUGACAAAGAUAUCAUCCUCGCCGCGGCUUCGCAGUGUGGCUACGUGCUCAUGAGCGCUUCUGAACGCUUAUGCGAGGACCGCGAUGUUGUCCUAGCCGCAGUCUCUGAGAACGGCACCUUCCUGGAAAAUGCCCCGGAGCACUUUGCAGAAGAUAAGGAGGUCGUGCUUGCAGCGCUCGCAGCAGCUCCCGACGAGCGCUGCUUCGACGUGGUGGCCGAGAGCCUUAGGGACGACUGGGAAGUAGCUCUGCUGGGCAUCCAGAAAGGGCUCCUAUGCCAAGUCUCGGAGCGCUUGCAGCGCGACAAGGGCUUCGUGUUGGAGGCCGUGGCCAGGGCGCCCAGGAUCGUCUCAGAGCUGGAAGAAGACUUUUUGGAUGACAAGGACGUGAUGCUGCAAGCAAUCUCUUCGCAGGCCUCCUCUGUGGAAAUGGCCACCGAACGAUUGCGCGACGACGAGGACAUCGCGAGGGCGGCCGUGUCCCAGGACGGACUUCUCGUACAACAUCUCGCCCGGCUGCGCGAGGAUGCGCCGAUUGCACUGGCCGCCGUUUCUCAGGAGGGCUCUGCGUACGAGCAUCUGGGGGAGUCCUUGCGGGAUGACGACGCGGUGGUUCUUGCGGUCAUUUCCCAAGGUGCGCGGAAGGCUUUGACGUGGGCCACAGAGAGGUUGCAGAACGACCGCGGCUUCAUCCUCAGGGCUGUGGGCCGGGGCACUGGCAUGCUGGAGCUGCUCAACGCCACCUUUCGUGACGACAAGGAAGUCGUCCUACUGGCGGUGGCCCGCGACGGGCGAUCGUUACAACAUGCUUCCGAGCGUCUGCGCGACGAUCAGGAGGUGGUCAAGGCCGCUGUAUCCCACGAUGGCCUUGCCUUCACAUUCGCAUCGAUGCGGCUUCGCGACAACCGCGAGCUCGCUGAAAAGGCCGCUUGCGGGGACCCCCGGGCGCUGUCGUCCGCUUCGAAGCGCCUCCAAGAAGACCCACAGCUGGCGCUGAAGGCGGCUGCUGUGUCCGCGGUCACAUCCUGGACCACCAUCGACUGGCGGGUGGCGCUGAUGUAG